GAAGUCUUCUUCCAGACUACUCCGAAAACAUGAGUCUCUCUGACAAGGACAAGAACACCGUCAAAGCUUUCUGGGCCAAGGUCGCCCCUAAGGCUGCAGAGGUCGGUGCUGAUGCUCUCUUCAGGAUGCUGACUGUUUACCCGCAGACUAAGACCUAUUUUUCCCACUGGAGUGACUUGAGCAAAGGGUCUCCUCAGGUGAAGAACCACGGAAAGACUGUUAUGACUGGCGUGGAAGAAGCUGUCAACAAAAUCGAUGAUCUGACCAAUGGGUUGAUUAGCCUAAGCGAGCUGCACGCUUUCCAGCUGCGUAUUGACCCGGCCAACUUCAAGAUCCUAGCCCACAACGUGCUCGUUGUAUUGGCCACCAUGUUCCCCGCUGAAUUUACCCCUGAGGUCCACGUGUGUAUGGAUAAGUUCCUCGCUGCCGUUGCCCUGGGUCUCUCUGAGAAGUACCGAUAAGAAGCUCUGCAGGCAACAGAUGGACAUCCACAUGCAUCAGUCCUCUAGAUCUAGUCAAUGUCUUUGAUUGAUCUAAAUAAAAGCCAAAAAUAAUUUUGGCAUUGGAAACAA